AAUUAUGCUGCUACUUAUAAGGUGAUGGAAACAUGAAGAAUGAUGUGGUAUUGUUAGUUUAUGCUUUUUUCUCAAUUCUCCAGCCCCAGAAGUCCUUGGUCCUGAAAAGUAUGACAAAUCAUGUGACAUGUGGUCUCUGGGUGUCAUCACAUACAUUCUCCUGUGUGGGUUCCCUCCAUUCUACUCAAACACUGGACAAGCUAUUUCUCCUGGGAUGAAGAGAAGAAUUCGAAUGGGGCAGUAUGGAUUUCCCAAUCCAGAAUGGGCUGAAGUGUCAGAAGAAGCCAAACAACUGAUUCGCCACUUACUGAAGACAGACCCAACAGAGAGGAUGACAAUUUCCCAAUUUAUGAAUCACCCUUGGAUUAACAGAUCGAUGGCAGUGCCACCAACGCCCCUCCAUACCGCUCGGGUCCUGCAAGAGGAUAAGGACCACUGGGAUGAAGUUAAAGAGGAGAUGACCAGUGCUUUGGCUACCAUGAGGGUGGACUACGAUCAGGUGAAAAUUAAAGACUUGAAAACGUCCAACAACCGCCUCCUGAACAAACGCCGCAAGAAGCAGAAGCAGUCCGGCACCUCUUCUGCAGCCCCAGGGUGCAAUAACCAAUGAGGAGAGAAGCCAAGGACCUGUGGGUGGAGGGUAAAUGUGUUAAAAGGAGCAAUCUAAAAUGAACGAGUACAAUCAGCUCAGUUGACUGAGUACAGUCACAGAGACUGCAAAGAAUCUGUCCUGCAAAGAGGGAGCAGGAGGAAGAUAACAUUUUUUUUUAUCUUGAAUCAGGGCUUUGCUUAUAAAGGCUACUUUAUAUGAUAUGAUUGUUUGCAUAUUGCCAGGGAAAGUAUAACAAUACCAGAAAUAUUACGGGGUUUUGUUUUGGCUUUAACUGUGUUGGGUGAGUGGAGAGAACAGGAGACAGUCUCAGCAUGCUAGUGUGCUGAGGCUUUAAUAGCCAUCUAUAGGAGUAACUUCUGCUGCCAUUUUAAAACUUGGGAAUAGAAAAAAUGCCAAGUGUUCUGCCAAGUGUUGUAGGAGUUCAAAUGUGAGUACUGAAAAAGGAGAAAAAUGCCAAUGCUUUUUGUACGAGUAGCACAGGUGCAGUUCUACUUUGGAUGUAUGUGGACACCAUUUCGUGCUAGAAUAGAUAAGAAUAGUCAGUGUUUCCAAACGUAUCUCCUGUAGCUCCAGAAUAUCAUCUGAGCAGUGAGCAGUUAUUCCUGUUGUAGGAAAAAAAAAAAAAGCAUCCAUACAUUUCCAUUUUCACAGAGUCUCUUCAUGUAGUCUUACGUAACCAUUUGGGUUUGUUGUGGUUUCUCCUCUAAUUACGCUCUCGUUUUAUAAAUGUAACCAUUAUGUUGCAUCUAUACCACUGUCAGAUUCCUCUCGUGAUGUUUUAAUUAAACAGUACUUCACGCCAAGAGUUUUAAUUAGGAUUUAAUUAGUCGCAAGUGUACUGCUGAGCAUCUUAUGGUUCCUCAUGGAUCCGUAGUGUCCAGGGUGUGCAGCUGGACACACAGCUGUGUAUGGGAGAUAAGUCUGGAAGAGACCAAUGCAUUCAGCAUCCCUUUGCAGUGCCCUGCAGAUCCCCUGCCUGACAUGUGCUAUCCUUCCAGCUCUGACGUGCUGAGAUUACUUUGUUAUUGGGAGCAAAAAGGGAGAGGUUGUUGGUUUAUUUCUGAUGUUUUGACAGUGUUUCUGGAUCCAAAGAUUUCCAUCACCUGUGGAAAGCCACCUUUAAGGAUAUGCAUUCAUUUUUUUUUACUAUUCUAAUUCUUGUUUUAUCAUAUCCUAGCCUUGGUUUGCUAAUUUGUUUUACUUCAUGAUCAAAAUAUUUUCUCUUGCUAUAUGAUGUAGGGUUUUUAUAGUUGAGGUAAAGCAAAUGUUUGUAAAAUAUUAUCAGAGUCUAGAAUGAAAAUUAUACACUUCCAGUGGUACGGGCGAAAGCUGCUUUGUGCACACACGAUGCUGUUGUGUUAACAGCCUGAGAAGGAGGUUGAAAGACAAGGAAAGCAGGGCUGGGGGGCUGAGGUUCAGAUCUGACUGCAGCACGGCUUUGUUGCGCUUGGCAGAGACCUGCAAGCUUCCGACCCUCCAGGAGAGCCCGGUUCCCAUCUUGCAUUGGACGAGGCCUCUGUCCUUCUGUGAUGAGCUAGGGUUUUAUAAACGGAUUUUAAUAAACCACGUUCCAACACUC